AUGGUCAGCCUACUGUAUUACGUGAAGCGAGUGCAGCAACAGCUGCUGCUGCUGCAGCAGUUGUUGCUGCAGCUAGUCUUGCUGCCAACAUGGUUGCGCCUGCGAGGAAAGCAGCAGCAGCAGCAGCAGCAGCAGCAGGAGAAGCAGGAGGAGCAGCAGGAGCAGCAGCAGCAGCAUCCUCCGUCAGGAGCUCAACAGCUUUGUGAAUCCGAGCAGCAGCAUGAAGAGCAGCAGCCGGAGGAAGAGCAGCAGCUGGAGCAGCAGCAGCAGCAGCAGCAGGAGCAGCAGCAGCAGCAGCAGGAAUGGUGGGAAGACGAAGAAGAAGAUGAAUUAGAUGAAGUAUCUUUGCUUCUUAAGGAAGGAACAAAUCGUGUAUCUUUUGCUGAGGAUACAGCAGCAGCAGCAGCAGCAGCAGCAGAAAUAUAUACAAUUAUAUCCCCUAUAUAUGUAUAUUUGCUGCAAGUGCUUCUUGUUCCUGCUGCUGCUGCUGCUCUUUGCUUCUUUAGAUACCCUAUUGCCUUGCUGCUGCAGCAGCAGCUGCUGCUUAUUCAAUUAAUAGGUAUAAGUAUAUAUAAAUCUAUAACUAUGGGUCCUGCUGCUGCUGCUGCUGUAUAUUCUAUAGAUGUUGCUGCAGCAGCAGCAACAUUAGCAGCAACAGUAGUAGCAAUGAUUGCUGCUGCUACUGCUGUUAUACAUAUUAUACCUUAUUUAUUCCCUGUCCUCCCUACUAAACAUAAUAACCUUCCUCCUUCUUCUCCUCUUAAUAGGCAACAAUUAGGGAUUGCUGAUGCUGCUGCUGCUGCUGAAUAUCCACCAUCUAUUGAUCUAUUACAAGGUCCUUGUCUACUCAAAUUAGCAGAAGCUGCUGCUGCUGCUGCUGCUGCUGCUGCUGCUGCUGAGAAAGCAGGAACUGGUGCAGCAACAACAUCAACUGAUGCAACAGAUGCAGCAGCAAGCACAGCAGCAAAUCCAGCAACAGCAGCAAAGGCACCAGCAGCAAAGGCACCAGCAGCAAAGGCAGCAGCAGCAGAGGUAGCAGCAGCAAAGACAUCAGAUAGAGCAACAUCAAGCAGAAUACCGGGAGCAGCAGCAAAUGCAGCUGCAGCAAGAACAGCAGCAGCAAGAACAGCAGCAGCAAAUGCAGCAGCAGAUGCAGCAGCAAGCACAUCAGUGAUACCGACAUCACGCAGAGCAGCAAAAGCAGCAGCACGCACAGCAGCAAGAACAGCAGCAGGUAUAGCAGCAAGAGAAGCAGCAAAAGCCGCAGCAAACAGAGCAGGGAGAAAAACAUCAAGCAGAGCAGCAAGAGCAGCAAGUGCAGCAGCAAGUGCAGCAGGAAUAACAGCAGCAGAUGCAGCAGCAAUAGCAGCAGCAGUUGCAGAAGAGAAUGCUGCAGCAGAUGCAGCAGAGAUGACAGCAGCAGAAGCGGCAACAUUAACAGCAGCAGAUGCAGCAGCAAUAGCAGCAGCAGUUGCAGAAGAGGAUGCAGCAGCAGAUGCAGCAGCAGAUGCAGCAGUAGCACGUGCAGUAGCAAUAGCAGCAGCAGUUGCAGAAGAGACAGCAGCAGUAGAAGCAGCAGUAGAUGCAGCAGCAACAGGUGCAGCAGCAGUUGCAGCAGCAGUUGCAGCAGCAGCAGUUGCAGCAGCAACAGGUGCAGCAGCACCAGGUGGAGCAGCAACAGAUGCAGCAGCAACAGGUGCAGCAGCAGCAAUAGUAGCAGCAGUUGCAGAAGUGAACGCAGCAGCAGAUAAAGCAGCAAAUGCAGCAGCAGGGUAUGCAACAGCUGAUGCAGCAGAUGCAGAUGCAGCAGCAGCAGAUGCAGCAGCAGCAGAUGCAGCAGUAGCAGAUGCAGCAGUAGCAGAUGCAGCAGCAGCAUGUGUAGCAGCAGCACGUGCAGCAGCACUAAGAAGAGCAAUAAGAGCAGCAGAUGCAGCAGCAAUGGAAGCAGCAGUAGCAGCAACAGCAGCAGACUACGAAGAAAAAAAGUCUAUAAAACAUAAACCCUUUUGUCUUGUUAUUAUAAACCCUACUAGUGGAGAAAAAAAGGCUAUGAAACAAUAUACAGAAAUUAUCGCACCUGUAUUGGAGAUAUUUGGAGGUUUUCAUUUAUUACCAUUUAUAUUAUUAGAGGAUAAUUCUUUUUUUUUAUUUAAUUUUCUUUCUUCUUUUAGCUAUUUAUUUACUCAUUGUUUAUUAUUAGGGGGGGAUGGUACAUAUAAUACAUUAACAAGAACAAUAAGGAAAGCAGCAGCAACAGCAACAGAAGCAGCAGCAAUUAAUGCAGCAGCAGAAGCAGCAGCAAUAGAAGCAGCAGAAGCAGCAGGAAAGAAAUAUUAUCCAUCUAAUAAGAAAGCAUCUAGUAAUACAGUACCUUAUGCAUGCAAGUGCGAGAACAAGGAGACUUGCUGCGCUGCUGCUGCCUACCCAGCUGCUGCAAUUGCUGCAGCAGCAGCACCACAUGAUUGCAGCAGCAGCAGCAGCAGCAGCACAAGGAGAGCAGAAGAAAUAUUAGGGUUUCUUAAGAAAACUCUCGCCUUAUCUCCUGUACCUGUAGGCACCAGCAACACUUGGUGCUGUGAAUUCUAUUUCUCUCCUGCUGCUGUCUUAUCUAACGCGGUGUAUAUACAGUCUACUAGGGAUAAACUAGCACAGCUGCAGCAGCAAAAGGAAAAGUUGCUGCUGCUGCAGAAGAAGCAGGAGGAGGUACAGGAGCAGCAGAGGAGGGAGCAGCAAGAGAGGGGAGAAGAAGGGGAGGAAGGAGAUGAUGAGCGAAGGAGGAAUGUCUUAUCUGAGGGAGUUGCUCCUGCUGCAACAGCUGCUGCUGUUGCUGAUGAUGCAGCACCAACUGUUCGUGCUGCUGCUGUAGCUCCUGCUGCUGCUGUAGCUCCUGCUGCUUCUGCAGCUCCUGCUGCUGAUGCAGCAGCAACUGCUCCUGCAGCAGCAGCUGCUGCUGCUGGUGAAGCAGCAAAUGAUGCAGCAGCAGCAGCUGGUGCAGCAGCUGGUAUUGGUGAAUCUGCAAAUCCUGCUGUAGUUGCUGCAGGAGGCGAAGCAGAUACUGCAGCAGCAGAAACAACAGAAGCAGCAGCAGAAGCAGACGCAGAAGCAGACGCAGAAGCAGACGCAGAAGCAGACGCAGAAGCAGCAGCAGAAGCAGCAGAAGCAGCAGAAGCAGCAGCAGCAGAAGCAGCAGAAACAGCAAAAAGAAAGAAAGAUAUAUAUUUAGCAGAUAUAUUAACAGAGAAUAGACAACCACCACCUGAACAAAGAAGAUGGACUGAAUGGAUCACUUCUAAUAUAUGCAUACGGCUAUUGAUGCUUCCCAUCGCGUUACUAAGAUAUAGACGCCAGCAACAGAGGCAGCAGCAGGAGCAGCAGCGGCAGCAGCGGCGGCAGCAGCAGCAGCAGCAGCAGCAGCAGCGGUGGCAGUGGUGCUCUAUCUUUAGACGAGCAAAUAGAGCAGCAGCAGCAGCAGCAGCAGCAGAACGAGAAAAGCGGCAGCAGGAGCUGGAGCAGCAGCAGCAGCAGCAGAAGGAGGAUGGUAAGCCAACAUCAGAACAGAUAAUAGCUAGAUGGGAAAGACAGCAGCAGAAGCAGCUGCAGCAGCGGGAGGAGAAGCUAGUUUGCUGCCUAAGUAUGUGCAGAGCAGCAGCAGCAGCAGAGUGUCGUUGUUUCUUUGAGGCAGCAGCAGCAGUAGCACCAGCAGGUCGUGCUGCACCUCUUGCUGCAGCAGCAUAUGCUGCAUUAGCAUUGCAGCAAGAGUUGCUGUUCCCUGCAGCAGAACAAAGAGCAGAAGAAGCAAAACAGCAGCAGCAGGAGGAGCAGCAGCAGAAGGAAGCAGAAGAGAGAAGGAAGCAGCAAAUAUUAAUGUUAGAGGAGGAGGAAGAGGAAGAAGAAACAGAGGAAGAAGCAGCAGCAACAGCAGCAGCAAUAGAAGCAGCAACAAUAGCAGUAGCAGCAGCAGCAGCAGCAGCAGAAGAAGCAGGUAAUCCUUAUAUAGAUCCAAUAGUAGAGCAGCAGCAGCAAAUAAAUAAACAAGAAAAAAUAAUGAAUAUACACCUGCAGCAUCUGCUGCUGCUGCACAACAAGUUAGGCAACAACAAAGAAACUUCUCUUAUAAGGGAAGGAUUUGGUGACCAUCUAUUACAUUUCUGGAGUAGGAGAAUAUCUGAGAAUAAAUCGGCAUUUAUUUCUUCAUUAAAAGUUACAACACAUAAUCAUAUCAAUUAUUGUAAUAAUAAUCUUGAAUAUGGUUACCUAGGUACCUGUAUGGUACAUAGCGAAGAAUUACGUAAAUUAGGACAUUUAAGAUAUUUAAUUUCUCCUCUUUAUCAAUUUGGUCUCAUGAAAAUACAACAAGCAAAUAUUAAGGCUAUAUUACCUAAUAAUCAAGUCUAUAUAGAUAAAGGUAAACCCUAA